AUGGACUGGGAAGACUUCUGCGACUGGCUCGACUGGGGCCUGCUCGCCAUCCUCGUGGCGGUGGCAGCCCUCAUCACGCUCCUCGUCGCUGUCUAUAUCGCGAUCAAAAACGUCCAGGUCCGGUUCGGGCGCGGGAACAACGGCGAGCCGCCGCCGCCGUCCAUCGAGGAGCUGCUGGUGAGCAUCCCGGACGUGGCGUACCGGGAGCUACCGCCUGGACCUGGGGAGGAGGACGUCGACGACGACGAGAGGGACAGGGACUCGUGCGCCAUCUGCGUGACGCCCUACGAGGCCGGCGAUGCCUGCAGCGUCCUCCCGGGCUGCGCCCACAUGUUCCACAAGCCCUGCGUCGCCAAGUGGUUCCGUAAGAAGAACACCUGCCCGCUCUGCAGGGCGACGGUAACGGCAGGCCAGGGCAACGGCAACGCCGCGGAGAACAUGGUGUAG